AUGGCUCAAAAGACAGGUCCACGUCUCUCCCGUUCUCUGCACUGUGAGCCAGAGGAGGUGAAAAGGCCACUCCCUCCCAGUCCAGGCCCGGCCUUCCCGCCCAGAUCAAGCACCAGGAUGAGAGUGGAACCAGUGAAUUCCACCAACAUCUACGAUUCAAAUGAGGACUACUUUGGAUUGGCUAAUAGUUCGGAUUACUCGCUGGAUGAUGACAGCCUCCUGUGUUCCUUGCAGGAGGUCAGAAGUUUCUCUGGGCUCUUUGUGCCAGUCGCUUACUCCUUGAUAAGCAUCUGCGGCCUCCUGGGCAAUGUUCUGGUGGUGGUCACCUUUGCCUUCUAUAAGAAAGCCAAGUCCAUGACGGACGUUUAUCUCUUGAACAUGGCCGUGGCGGACAUCCUGUUUGUCCUCACCCUCCCAUUCUGGGCGGUCAGCCACGCCACCGGUGAGUGGAUUUUCAGCAACAUCAUGUGCAAACUGACCCGGGGCAUCUACGCCGUCAACUUCAACUGCGGCAUGCUGCUGCUGACCUGCAUCAGCCUGGACCGCUACAUUGCCAUCGUGCAGGCCACCAAGUCCUUCCGGCUCCGCUCCAGAACCCUGGCUCACCACAAGCUGAUCUGCCUGGCGGUGUGGGUGGUGUCCAUCCUCAUCUCCAGCUCGACCUUCACGUUCAACCAGAAGUACAAGCUGCAGGGUGGCGACGUCUGCGAGCCCCGGUACCAGACCGUGUCCGAGCCCAUCCGCUGGAAGCUGCUGAUGCUGGGGCUGCAGCUGCUCUUCGGCUUCUUCAUCCCGCUGGUGUUCAUGAUCUUCUGCUACGCGUUCAUCGUCAAGACCUUAGUCCAGGCGCAGAACUCGAAACGGCACAGGGCCAUCCGCGUCAUCAUCGCGGUGGUCCUCGUGUUCCUGGCCUGCCAGAUCCCACACAACAUGGUGCUCCUCGUGACCGCCGUCAACCUGGGCAGGACGGGCCGCUCGUGCAGCAGCGAGAGGCUGCUGGGCUACGCCAAGAACGUCACCGAGGUGCUGGCCUUCCUGCAUUGCUGCCUCAACCCCGCGCUCUACGCCUUCAUUGGCCAGAAGUUCCGGAGCUACUUUCUGAAGAUCAUGAAGGACCUGUGGUGCGUGAGGAGGAAGCAGAAGGCUCCGGGCUUCUCCUGCUCCCGGCUGCACUCGGACACCUUCACCUCCCGACAGAACAGCGAGACCGUGGACAACGACAACCCGUCCUCCUUCACCAUGUGA